UCUAAACCCUAAAAAAAAAGUGAAAGUCCAAUUCGAUUUUGCUCUUUAGCGUUUCGGUGUUUCAGAGCCCAUUACACGCGUUUUCAGACUCCUCUUCCUUCCUUUGUCUCUUCUGUGAUAAUGGAUACUACUACUAAUCAUCCUUCAGACCUGGUUGAUGUGGACGUUGCUCUUGAGAUAGUGGAUUCUGAUACACAAACACAACAACCCAUUGGUAAGCGUAGGAGGCAGAAGAAGUCUGAGGUGUGGGAUCACUUCAUCACGGAAGUUGUUAGUCCUGACACUAAAAAAGCUCGUUGCAUGCACUGCAACAAAUCCUUUGCCUACAUUAAUGGCACUAAGGCUUCAGGAACUAGCCACCUUAAGCGUCAUAUUGACUUGGGUAUUUGUGCUAAGAGCUCUGAGUUCAAGAAGCUCUCUCCAACUCCAAUCAAGGAGGAAACCACGCCAACGCCAACACCAAUCAAGGAGGAAACCAAUUCCUCCUCCUGCCUUCCCAAGAAACGUCGGAUCUCUUCUUCUCCUGUUGUUCAUCCUCCUCUUGAUCAAGAUCGCUGCAACCAUGAGAUGGCUAAGAUGAUCAUCAUGCAUGAUUACCCUCUUCAUAUGGUCGAGCACCCUGGUUUUGUUGGUUUCCUUAAGGCUCUUCGUCCGCAGUUCUGUGUGGCAAGCUUCAAGACCGUUCAUGAUGAUUGUGUCUCUAUGUUUUUAUCCCAAAAGCAGAAAAUCUUGGACUUUAUUGGAAAGAUUCCUGGGGGAGUUAAUCUUACUGUAGACGUGUGGUCAUCAAAGCAAUCAGUGGGUUAUGCUUUUCUGACUGGACACUUUAUUGAUAAAGACUGGAAUUUGACUCACCGUCUUCUGAAUGUUGCUGUUGUGGCUUCUCCUGAUUCAGAUUUUGCUUUAAACCAACCUGUCGAAGCUUGUUUAUCCGAGUGGAAGUUGGAAGGAAAGAUUUCAAGCAUCGCUGUCAGCCAAUCACUAGUAAAUAAGACCUCCGUUGAGAAUCUCAGAGGUUAUUUGUCUGCUAGGAAUCAGCAUGUGUUGAAUGGUCAGUUGUUGAUGGGAAAAUGCUAUGCUCGCCUCCUAAGCAGCAUGGCGCAAGAUGCACUCACAGCUGAACACCUCCAAGAACCUAUAAAGAAUGUCCGAGAUAGCAUCAAGCAUGUUAAAACCAACCAGGUUUGGGGAGACAGAUUUGAUGACCUGAAGAAACAGUUUCCAACCCCUUCUUCUAACAAAGAUCUUCUCAUUGACAACCAAACGAGAUGGGACACAAGUUACAACAUGUUGCUGGCUGCAUGUGAACAUAGACAAGUGUUUUCUAGUUUGGAAACUUGCUAUCCUGAGUACAAAAUAUCUAUAUCUCCUGAAGACUGGAGAAAGAUUGAGAGUCUCUGCUCAUGCUUGAAGGUUCUCUUCGAAGCCGGUAAUGCCUUGACUGGGCCACACCACUUGUUAGCAAGCGAUUUCUACCAUGAGAUGACAAAGCUUCAGCUAGAGCUGAGUCGACACACUGCCAUGUGUGAAGACCCGGAUGUCAGAAACCUAGCAAACUCGUUGAGGGAAAAAUUUGACCAGUACUGGAGAGGAAACUUCCUGGUUUUGGCAGUUGCAGGGGUCAUGGAUCCCCGGUUCAAAAUGCAGUUCAUUGACUUCACCUUCAAUAAGUCGUAUGGUGAUGAUGCAAAAAAAUGGACCAAGACUGUCAAUGACGCCGUCCAUGAUCUGUAUCUUAACUACAGUGAAGAUAAUCUGUUGGGUGCUUAUGUGGAUCAUGGCUUUUCGGAAAUAGAAGUGGCUCAGGAAUCUCACUUCCAUCAAGACAUGGCUGAAGAUGCCAACACAGGGAAUGGGCAAUCAGGUGAUGAGUCAAGUACACAACAAGAGCAAACCACUGAGGCACAUCAACAUGAGAGACAGAGUAAGGUAGAGAAGCAAAAUGUGGUAAGGCUUCNUGGCGCAAGAUGCACUCACAGCUGA